AUGCACAGUGUCGAGAGAGAACCUGGCAGUAGUAUGGAACAGUCUAAAGCCAGUCUGAAAAGAUCACUCAAGCAGGCGAAGACAGAGUCUAGCACAGACCAAAACCCGACGCUCGAUUCAGAAGCAAGAGAAACCUUAAAGGAAAAGAAGCGCAAAGACACGUCUACCCGCAAAGCACGGCCUAGAGUAGGCAUCGAACGCUCCUCACCAGCUAGAGGGUCGUCUAAACCACCCCGCAAUAUCGACAUCGACAUGACACCGACUCCCAAGCAAGACCUCCCCGACUGGGCCGUCCAGAAGCAGGCCCUGGCAACCAAAUUCGGUGAUGACGGCUGGAACCCACGCCGCAAGCUCUCGCCCGACGCCAUGCUCGGCAUCCGCAAUAUGCACCAGUCCGACCCCAUCACUUACUCGACCCCCGUACUCGCACAACAAUUCAAGGUCUCGGCCGAAGCAAUCCGCCGCAUCCUGCGGAGCAAAUGGCUGGGCAGCGCGCCAGCGGAGAAGGUGCAGGAGCGGCGACAGCGAUGGGCGAAACGCCACGACAGUAUAUGGGACCAGCAGGCGGCGCUGGGGCUGCGGCCGGCGAGGAGGCAGGAGAGGAGACCGAGAGAUGCGGCUGAAGGCGCGGAUGAGGUCGAGGAGGAGCUGCUGGCGAAGGAGACGCUGAGAAGGGCGCGCGAGGAGAAUCCACUGUAG